AUGUUUCCAUCCUAUAUCAACAAAGCACUAUUUGUUCACGUAUUAUUUCAGCUUUCUCCGGAAGACCUCUCCGACGCCCACAUUCCUGUCGAUUCCUGUUCUUCUCGAGAGAAGAGAAUUGCCAUAAAUGACAAGGCUUUUACGAUUCGUGCCGUUGAUUCUCCAUUCCAAAUGUUCCACAUACCGGCUGAAAUCAUUCACUCCUCAGAAAAAUCUAGAUUCAAAGGUGUAGACAAACAGAUUUGCGGCACCGUGGUGAUAACGAGAGCAGAUUUCGAUCAAUCAACGGACCUUGUGAAUGGAGAUUGUGAAAAAUCACAUGAAUCGCUCACUGAUCUACCCCUGAAGGUGAUUAAAAAGAAAGUAUCUCGUAAAGGAUUACGGAACCUGCGGCAACGGUUGAAAGCUAACGGAGUGAAGUAUGAUAAAAAUAUGGAAGGCCCGCCACAAAAUGAGACGACCAAUAUGGCCAACCCAGUUUGCUCUAUUUCCAAAGGAGCUGGGGGUUCCACAAACAAGCCGAUUCACUCACUACCAUGUAAACUUCAUUACGAUGGGCCAGCUCCUGUAUCUGGGUAUUUCGUCACUGAGGAAAUCAUUGAUGGUAAGAAAAAAGCAGCUUUUCGUGGUCGUGGUCUCGAAGGUGCGACACUUUGUCUUCCCCCUGGUUAUGAGAUGCUAGUUUUGAACAAAAGAGUACCCACUUAUAAGAUUCGAUCUGAAUAUGUUUUGAAAGGGAGGAUGAGGAUGCGAAUAUUGCUGUUCUUCGUACUUGCCAGUUUCCUUGCUCAACACGCACUGUCUGAGCCAAUCUCGUUAUUCACUGGUGCGGCAGUGACGUUUGGAACAGGUGUUUUAUGGACCUUCCAGCAGAAGAUCAAAUGUCGCUUGUAUGAGUGUUGCGAUCAUCCUUAUUUGAAUCCACGUUUCGACAAGCUGCGUCGUGAUUUACGAGAAUUGGUGUAUGGGCAACAUCUGGUGGUUGACACGGUCGAGAAUGCAAUACGUGCUCAUUGGACUAACGAUAAUCCUAAGAAGCCAUUGGCUAUGUCUUUUCAUGGUUUCACUGGAUCUGGAAAAAACUACGUCGCCGAAAUUAUCGCUAAUAGCACAUUUAAGAAAGGCAUGAGAAGCAACUUUGUGCAUCAGAUUGUCGCAAGUUCUGAGUUUUAUGAUAAGGACAAGAUUGGCGAAUACAAGGUACAAUUACGUGCCCGAAUACUGGAUGCAGUAAAAAAAUGUGGCAGAGCAAUGAUAAUUUUUGACGAGGCUGACAAACUCCCUGAGCAAUUACUUGAGGUUGUGAAGCCAUUCCUCGACUAUUACGACACGGUUGGAGGUGUCGACUUUCGUAAGAGCACAUUUUUAUUCCUCAGGCAUGUUCCUUUUUCCUUACACACCUCCUUAUUCAAUCGUGGCGGGCAGCUAAUUGCGAACUUGGCGUUGAGCCAUCACCAAUCUGGCAAUACUCGCGAAGAUCUAACUUUGAGUAAUUUCGAGAGGAUGCUAAUGCAAGCGGCUUAUAACGAGCCAGGAGGACUUAAAUUAUGCGAGCUCAUUUCAAGUCACUUGAUUGAUCAUUUUGUUCCAUUUCUUCCGAUGGAGCGACGGCAUGUCAUACUAUGCACAAUAGGCUAUCUCAAGUCACAAGGGAGAGAAGAUCUUAUAAAGGAUGACGAAUUAGUGCAGCGCAUUGUUGACUCGCUGCAGUAUUUCCCUCAAGAACAGAAGGUAUUCUCAAGUUCUGGUUGUAAACGAAUUCCAGCCAAAGCAGAUUUGGAAAUUGCUAAGCGCACUCUGCCUUCCAAAGCAGUUAAACACUUGAGAAUCGAUGACAAUGAUGAACUCUAG